UCAGAGAAAUGAAAGUAAGCAGACAGACAACACCCCAAUGCUUGUCCACGACUGUUCAGUCAGUCAGUGUGUGUAUCAACAUGGCAGAGGCAACUUUGGGUCAGGACCCCUUCUGCUGUUCAAUCUGUCUGGAUGUACUGAAGGAUCCAGUGACUACUGCCUGUGGACACAGUUACUGUAUGGGCUGUAUUAAGGGCUGCUGGGAUCAGGAAGAUCUGAAAGGUGUCUACAGCUGUCCACUGUGCAUGGAAAGCUUCAUCCCAAGACCUGUUUUGAGGAAAAACAUCUUAUUGGUUGAAUUAAUGGAGAAACAGAAGAAGACAGGAUUAAUAUCUGCUCCUCCAGCUCUCUAUUAUGCUGGACCUAGAGAUGUGGAGUGUGAUUUCUGCACUAGGAGGAAACUCAAAGCUGUCAAGUCCUGCCUGGUGUGUCUGGCAUCUUACUGUGAGACUCACCUCCAGCCUCACUUUGAAUCCCCUGCCUUUCAGAAGCACAAGCUGGUCAAAGCCUCCACACAACUACAGGAUAAAAUCUGCCGUCAUCAUGACAAACUACUGGAGGUUUACUGCCGUACCGAUCAGCAGUGUAUCUGUUAUCUGUGUACAAUGAAUGAACAUAAAGGCCAUGAUACAGCUGCAGCAGAAAGGAUUGAGAAACAGAAACAGUUGGUAGAGAAUCAGCAGAAAUCCCAGCAGAGAAUCCAGCAGAAAGAGAAGGAGAUGCAGGAGCUGAGACAGGCUGUGGUCUCUCUGAAGCUCUCUGCACAGGUAGCGGUGGAGGACAGUGAGAGGAUGUUUACUGAGCUGAUCUGUUCCAUUGAAAGAAGGAACUCUGAGGUGAAGCAGCAGAUAACAGCCCAGGAAAAUGCUGAAGUGAGUCGGGCUAAAAGGCAGCUGGAGCAGCUGGAGCAGGAGAUAGCUGAGCUGAGGAGGAGAGAUGCUGAGCUGGAGCAGCUUUCACACACAGAGGAUCACAUCCAUUUCUUCCAGAGUUUUCAGUCUCUCUGUGUCCCUCCUGGAUCUGAUGCCUUACCCAGCAUAUCUGUCAAUCCACACAUUCCUUUUCAUUUUGUGAAGAAUUUUGUAUCUGAGGUGACAGAACAACUAGAGGAUAUCUGCAAGAAGGAAAUUGCCAAACUAUCAUGGGAAGCACCUCCCUCUGACUACUUCAUGGAUGCCAUUCCACAUACUUCUUAUUACAAUUCCAACCAAUUGGCAGGGCGGGGACCCAGCCCUCGCAGGAUAACCCAACAACAAUAUUUUCAGAACAUGGAAGCGACCUUCAGCACUGUGAGGCCCAAUGUGUCUCACAUGGUGACCCCUCAUCGCAUGGCCGCCCAGGUUGCACCUGCUGUAACCCCAGUGUACAUGCCUCAGUACAAGUAUGCUGCAGGAGUGCGCAACCCUUCAUACAUUCAUACACUUCCCCAGGUAGUUAAGCAGCAGCCUGCUGUCCAUGUGCAGGAGCCUCUGACUGCCUCCAAGCAGCCUGCUGUCCAUGUGCAGGAGCCUCUGACUGCCUCCAAGCAGCCUGCUGUCCAUGUGCAGGAGCCUCUGACUGCCUCCAAGCAGCCUGCUGUCCAUGUGCAGGAGCCUCUGACUGCCUCCAAGCUGGCUGCUGCUCCUCCUCAGGAACAGAAAGAAAUGCUGGGUCAACGCCUCUACCCACUCAUCCAGAACAUGCACCCCAGUCUGGCAGGAAAGAUCACUGGCAUGUUGCUGGAGAUUGACAACUCUGAGCUGCUCUACAUGCUGGAGUCUCCAGAGUGUCUCCGCUCCAAGGUGGAUGAAGCUGUGACUGUGCUGCAUGCUUACCAGGCCAAACAGGCAACAAAGAGACAAGAAAAACUAAAGAAAAGGAAAUAAUUUGAUUCAGCUGGGUCCAGAGAACACCAGACAAAAAUGGAAAAUGGUCCAAAUAAAACAGUCGGGGUAUAACUACAACAGAGAAUGCAAUUACUAUGGCUGUCAAAUGAUACAAAAAUACAAUUGAGUUCAUCACUGGUAAACAGAUGAAGAACACUUUCUUUAACCGCAAUGUCAACCUGUUUUGACAUUACAGUGUUGUUUUUAGUUGAAUAUAUUGUGUAUUUUGGAUGUUUUCAGUGUAUUAUGAACGCUUUCAGACAAUACGAUUAAUCACAAUUAAAAAUCAUUUGUGCACAAAAAUUACAAACAGUUAACUGAUUAACUCUGACAGCCCUAGAAAUUACUGAAAACAUUAUUUUCUGGCACGUUAUUCCUUUUAAAUGUAUGAAUGCUUGGGAUAUUGAGAGUCUGUGGCAUUGUGAAAUGAAAUGAAAUCCACAUUUUGUUGUGUUACAGCCUGAAUCCAUCUACACACAACACCCCAUAGUGACAAAUUGAAAACAUGUUUUUAGACAUUUAUGCAAAUUAAUUGAAAAUUAAAAAUAGAAAUAUCUCAUUUAAAUAAGUAUUCACACCCCUGAGUCAAUACUUUGUACAAGAACCUUUGGCAGUGAUUACAGUUGAGAAUCUUUCUGGUUAAGGGGUGGCAGGUGGCCUAGCAGUUAGAGCGUUGGACUUGUAACCGAAAGGUUGCAAGAUUGAAUCCCCGAGCUGGCAAGGUAAAAAUCUGUUGUUCUGCAUCUGAACAAGUCAGUUAACCCACUGUUCCCUGGUAGGCUGUCAUUGAAAAUAAGAAUUUGUUCUUAACUGACUUGCCUAGUUAAAUAACGUUUUUUUUAAAGUCUCUAAGAGCUUUCCAGGUGCCACAUUUGCCUAUUAUUAUUUUGAAAACUCUUCAAGCUCGAUUGUUGAUCCUUGCCAAAUAAACUUUUUCAGGACUUACCAUAGGUUUUCAAGUAGAUUUUAAGCCACAAUUGUAACUCGUCCAUUCAGGAACAAUCACUGUCUUCUUAGUAAGUAAAUCCAGUGUAGAUUUAGCCUUGUGUUUUAGGUUAUUGUCCUGCGGAAAGGUGAAUUCAUCUUUCAGUGUUUUUUUAUUUAUUUAGUUAAUUUAACCUUUAUUUAACUAGGCAAGUCAGUUAAGAACAUAUUCUUAUUUACAACGACGACCUACCAAAAGGCAAAAGACCUCCUGCGGGGACUGGGGCUGGGUUUAAAAGAAUACAAAUAAAAUAACAUAUAAAUAUAGGACAAAACACAUAUCACAACAAGAGAGACAACACUACAUAAAGAGAUACCUAAAGACAACAACAUAGCAAGGCAGCAACACAUGACAACACAGCAUGGUAGCAACACAACAUGACAAGAACAUGGUAGCAACACAAAAUGGUAGCAGUACAAAACAUGGUACAAACAUUAUUGGGCACAGACAACAGCACAAAGGGCUAGAAGGUAGAGACAACAAUACAUCACGCAAAGCAGCCACAACUGUCAGUAAGAGUGUCCAUGAUUGAGUCUUUGAAUGAAGAGAUUGAGAUAAAACUGUCCAGUUUGAGUGUUUGUUGCAGCUCGUUCCAGUUGCUAGCUGCAGCGAACUGAAAAGACGAGCAACCCAUGGAUGUGUGUGCUUUGGGGACCUUUAACAGAAUGUGACUGGCAGAACAGGUGUUGCAUGUGGCGGAUGAGGGCUGCAGUAGAUAUCUCUGGUGUGUCUGGUGGAAAGCGUUGGUAUUACAUUUUUGCAUCUGAGCUCUUAGAGUGUGCGGCUCUCUUUUAUUUUCAGGAAAGCAGACUGAACCAGGAUUGCCUCUAGGAUUUUGCCUGUGCUUAGCUCAAUAUAGUUUACUUUUUAUCCUGAAAAACUCCCCAGUCCUUAACGAUUACAAGCAUACCCAUAACAUGAUACAGCCACCACUAUGCUUGAAAAUAUGGAGAGUGGUAGUCAGUAAUGUGUUGUAUUAGAUUUGCCCCAAACUUUGUAUUCAGGACAAAAAGUUAAUUACUUUGCCACAUUUGUUUUGUAAUAUGACAUUAGUGCCUUUUAGCAAACAUGAUGCAUGUUUUGGAAAAUGUUGUAUCCUUUAUAGGCUUCCUUCUUUUUGCUCUGUCAAUAAGGUUAGUAUUUGGGAGUAACUACAAUGUUGUUGAUCAAUGCUCAGUUUUCUCCUAUCACAGCCAUUAAACUCUGCAACUGUUUUAAAGUCACAA